AUGCAAGGAGAGGACUCGAUCGGGUCUCGCCUCCGUCGACGUCGACGAGGACUAUCCCCGGAAGGUGCUUGCUUUGCUGCGACGUCAUCUGAUGACCUCACAACGCCCGCGGAGAGCUGCGAGUCAGAUGACCUGUCCAAGCUGCUUCUCGCCGGGGAACACUCGAAUCCAUCGCCCCCCGAAGCUGCACAAUCUAUUCCGGACACCCAACAAGGUCCUAUUGAGCCUACAGUAGCGAGCGAACCAGGGCCAGACUCGAGCGAGCAAGAGCGAGUAUGCAGGAUCUGUUUCUGUUCGGACAGCGACUCGCCCGAGCUAGGUCCACUCUUCUCGCCCUGCCUGUGCAGGGGCACGAUGAGCUCGGUCCACACGGUCUGCCUGAACGAAUGGCGAUCGAAGAGCCAAGUGUCAACGUCCUACUUUGCAUGCGAUCAAUGCAAAUAUCAUUACCGACUUCAACGUACAAAGAUCGUUGGUCUAGCGCAGAACAAGGCUGCUCUCUAUGCUCUGACGGGAGUCUUGUUCUUCGUGAUCACCUUUCUGGCUGGAUUCGCCGCCAGCUGGACCGUCGACUCGUACACGCUCGUGCCAGGCGGGCUGACAGUGCUGGACGACGGUCUGCUCGUGUCAGAGAUAACCAAGGGAGCGGUAAGGAUAGCGGACCACCAGACCCGCUCCCUUGCCGAGUUCGACGAUGAGGCAGCUGAAGAAGACGGACCUUUCUACUUUCACAUCGUCAAGAAACACCAACCUGAGGCAAAUGAGGACACUGCGCUCACCUGUAGCCAAAGAAUGAGGCGCUGGUCACUUCGCGCCGUCAGACACUUCACGCUUGGCUUCUCCCUCAUCGGCAUCCUUUCGUUCUUGCAACUCCUCAUCGGCCUCAGCUUGCUGGCACCACUCAACCAUAUGCCGCCUGUUUACCGCCACAUGCGCGGGUUUGCUCGGCGGUCUAACAAUGCAGACUCGAACAGUCCCAACAUGGUCACCUUUCUUCUCAUCGCUUUCGUCGUCGUAGGAGUUGGCAAAGCUAUCGUGUCCACCUUCCGACUGGUACAGCUCAUCUCGCGUUGGGUCUUGCGCAGAGUAGAGGCUCGCGUGCUCGAAGUUCAAUAG